CAUUAUGAUUAAGACCUAACACUAACUCGUACUUAUAUUGAUAUGAUCUGCGCACUUUCAGAGUGACCAGGAGAGCGAUGGAAUACGUUUUAUUAUCCUCGUUAUCCAGCCUGACCACUGGCCAGAAAUCUUCUCUUGAAAAGGGAGGAUACAAAAAUCUAUCAGACCUCUUACUGAGCACCCCGAGUGAUAUAUCACGCGCCGCGCGCAUUUCCCCACAAGUGGUCACUGGAAUUCUCGAAGCUGUAUGUCGAGAAUGUGCAUCGCCCAUCAACAAAAUCACAGACCUACCGCUGGAAGGCGAAGAGAAAAUCACAACCGGAGAUGCUGAUUUAGAUAGUAUGCUGGGUGGUGGAAUCAGAACGGGAAUGCUCUGGGAAGUUGUGGGUGAAAGUGCCGCGGGCAAGACACAGUUCGCCUUCCAACUCUCGCUGCUUGUUCAGCUCCCUCCUAGGUUGGGAGGAGUUCUAGGUUCUGCUUUUUAUCUGACGGUCGCGUCGCAACUGCAAACCACGCGAAUGGAACAAAUCCUCAAUACUCAUCCGCUCUUGUCGCCUUCACUGUGUUCUUUCGCAAAUAUACAACAUACAACCGUUCCCACUAUCGACAAACUCAUAUUUGUUCUUUCUAAAUCUUUACCGCAAUAUAUGUCUGCAAAUGACUCAUCUUCAAAACCUCUCAAACUGAUUGUCAUUGAUGCCAUUGCGGAACUCUUCCAUACUUCCAAGAGAACCACCACACAAUUCCUAGUUGAGCGGUCCCGCAGACUAUCUGAAAUAGGGACGCUCUUGCAUUCGCUCGCUAGCAAGCACCAAAUAGCGGUCCUGGUCCUGAAUGAGGUUAGCGAUACCAUCGACAGGGAUACUGCUCCUUUGGAUCGUGGGCAGGUCGGCUACAAGGAUCAGUUCCGGUGGUUCGGUCGUGCAGACAGUGUCCUGGGGGAGGGCAGAAAAGAAGCUACGCUUGGUCUAGUCUGGUCGAACCAACUUAAUGCGAGAAUAUUCUUAUCACGAACAGGUCGCCGACGGUAUCUUGAAGAGAGCGAGCGCCCGAGAAAAAUCCAGAAGUCGACCUCAGCGACGUCAUCGAUCGAUCCAGUCGGCGAUGAACAGCCCCUGCUUAUCAGGCGGCUAACCGUAGUGUUCAGCUCGGUGUGCGAUCCUGCCUCUUGUGACUAUAUUGUUACUGCAGAAGGCAUCUCUGUCAUUCCUGGCUCUGUUGUUCCGCUUGCUGUUCGAUCAGCGGUAGGCGCAGCUGUACCUGCAACGAUCGCCCAUGUUUCGAUGACACCUCAGGGUGACUUGACUCGGACACAAAACGCUCAAGUAGCGCCACUGGACAUCGGCUGUGUUGUGGACAGCACGGCUGUUAAGAGUAGAUCUUCCACUCCAGACAACGAGCCAGGUGAUGACGAAUGGGACGCUUUCUGGGAGCGAAACGCUUUACCGGAUUGUGCGUUUGAGGAAGCGGUGGAUUUGACCCCUCGUGAUACCUAAAACAACAGACCAUCUGUGCAUAUGCUGUAUCUUCAUUAGCCAGUCUUACAUCCAUACAUGUACAUAAUAUAUUAACAA